AUGAGUUCCUCCAUUCAAAUCCAAAGAAUUCAAGACAACCACCCCACAACCACCGUGAACCACCACAAUCAUCCCUUUACAACCACUACCAUAUGGAGACUUCCCUCGUCUGUUUACCUCCCAGAAGAUCUCCACCACCACCACACCCACGUGGUGGGUUACAACCAGUGCUCUUCCGCCGUAAUCCAGUCGAUCUCCGCCCCCGUCGAGGCAGUCUGGUCUCUCGUCCGUCGCUUUGACAACCCACAAGCGUACAAGCACUUUCUCAAGAGCUGUCAACUCAUCCUCGGCGACGGCCUCGACGUGGGUUCACUGAGGGAGGUCCAAGUUGUGUCGGGGUUGCCGGCGGCGUCCAGCAUGGAGAGGCUUGAGAUCCUAGACGACGAACAGCACGUCAUGAGCUUCAGUGUCGUUGGUGGAGACCACCGUCUGAACAACUACCGGUCUGUCACCACCCUUCACUCCUCCCCGACGAACGGCGGCACCACCGUCGUCGUGGAGUCGUACGUCGUCGAUGUACCUCCGGAGAACACGAGGGAAGAAACGUGUGUGUUUGUCGACACAAUCGUACGAUGUAACCUACUUUCACUUAAGCAAAUCGCCCAGAAUUUGGCCCAUCAAUAA